UAACCUAACAUUGGAAGCUGUGUUUACUUAACAAGAUUAUUUAAAAAAAUUGUUAAAUAUUAAGAACAUAGUUUUAAAAGCAGCAUAUAACCUCAAAGAGAGUUAAAGUCAUACGACUCCUAUUAUUAAUCAGUUGGAACAAUAAACAACUCGUUAUUGGCAUUGGCGAAGUGAAGCGCAAUACGAAACACUAUUAUCAAUUUAUGAAUUUCUUUUUAUCAUGGAGCAUGACAAUUCAAUAUUAAUGCAAAAGCAGGUGCGGGAUAAUUCGGAGGACUUACGGAGUGAAUUUUUAGACUUGAAAAAUUGGGAGGAGCAAAUAAAACGGAAGGAACAAGAAAUACUAAAUGAACAAAAUGAACAGCAAAUUAUACCACCUAUUAGAAGCAAGAAUAAAAAGAAAAAAUGUUCGGUAAAAAAAGACAAGACAUCUAAAGAUUCUAAACGAAUAAAAUCAUAUGACUACACAUCGUGGGAUAAAUUUAAUGUUGAAAAAGCAUGCAAGGAAUUAGAAGAUGGACAACAAUCUGACGAGUCUUUAGAUGAGCCUUUGUCCGAAGACGAAUUUCAGAAGGAUCACAAUAAAGCGAUAGGGUACAAGCAGCAAGGCAAUGACUUUGUGAAGCAAAAGAAAUGGGAUAAAGCGGUCGCUUCUUAUAGCGAGGCUAUAAAACUUUUUCCUUAUGAUGCUAUCUUUUAUGCUAAUCGUGCACUUUGUUAUUUAAAACAAGACAGGUUGUAUUCAGCAGAAGCAGACUGCACGUCUGCGAUACUUUUGGAUAAAACUUAUGUAAAAGCUUAUCACAGACGAGUAACGGCUAGACUAGAAUUAAAACAAUUUGAUGCAGCAUUAGAAGAUGUAAAGAAGAUUACAGAUUUAGAACCUUACACCAAGGAAACCGAAAUCUUGCUUAACCAAAUUAAAAAGCAGUUUGGAAAUUCAUUUAUGUCCAAAAAAAACAUACGUACAACUGAUGAAUCUGAUAAUAAAAAUAUAAGUAAAAAAGUAAUUGAUGCUAAGGAAGAUCAAAAUAAAAAGAAUAGCGUAAAUGUAGAUAAUAAAACUGUACAACCAAGUCCAACAAAUAUACAAGAACCAAAAAAAGAUCAACGCAUUCCAGAUUGGCUACCUGAAAAGAAUGAAGUUGAAGUCGUAGAACCUAUUGAUAAACCUCCACAUCUACGUUCAAAGGAGCCAUUGAAAAGGAUACCUGUGCAGGAGGCUGAUUUAAGUAAAUCUUUUAAAGAAGAGAUCAAAGUAAUAUGUAGUAACAAUCAAAUAGAACUGAAAAGCAAUGAAACAUGUAAACCAGAAGAAAACUUUAUUGAAAAUUGCAAAGAAAUACCUCCUAUCCCUGCCUCCGCAGUGCAGUUUUUAAUAAAUUGGAAAAAGUACACCUCGUUUGAUUUGCGAUACAGAUAUUUAAAGCAAAUACCAUCAGGUAGCUUACCUAAAAUAUUUCAAGAUUCAAUGGAAACUGAUAUCUUUAGUGAUAUCUUAACAAUACUCAAAACAGAAUUUAUGAAACGGAAGGAACCUAUAUUUUCGUAUUUAAAAGAUCUCAGUAAUAUUAAGAGAUUUAGAGCAUUUACUAUGUUCAUCAGUAAUUCUGAAAAACAAGAUCUGAAGCUGAUGUUCUCAUAUUGUAAUACGUCAGAAAAGAUACCUAAGAAAGAAAUCACAGACUUACAGGAUAAAUAUGAAAUUUAACAAAACUUUUUUUAAAUUCUAAUGAAAAAGUAAACUAGAAGAAUAAA